ACCUGCCUUGUUGGACGAAGCGAGACGGGGAAAAAGCAAAAUGAGUCAAGAAAAAGGAACAAUUAAAUAUUAGAAAAGCAAAACUCCUGAAAACGAGUUACAAGUACCUACCUGGUAGAUAUCGUGAUAACCAUCAUACCGAGUGCAAGUGUUAAUGAGCUUAUCCGUACUUAGCAUUCCAAUAACCAAACCCCCUUUAUUACAGUAUUCUAUCGCCUUGAACAUUCUGAUGCUCGCUGAACAAACACACAUGAUGUUUUGUUAUCACACAUCACUACUCAGCGAUACUUACGCUAGGACGAUUGCGAAGACAUCCUCCCACGUCUUGACCGAAAUCCUCGAUCAUCCUCAGCUACGUCUGAACGCGAUUGAUGUUCUAGACGAGGAAGACAGGUAUAAGAUGUACGAACGCAACCGCGCAAUGGUUCCUUCAGAUGACAACUUCGUACACUAUAUUGACCACCACCGCUCCCUUGAAUCCUCUAAUUCGCCGGCGGUUCAGGCAUGGGACGGCGAAUUUUCGUAUAAGCAGCUGGACGAGCUUUCGUCGUUGUUAGCAGAUGAACUCAUUGAGCAGGUGUCGGCGUAAACGCAGCCGUCCCUAUUCUGCUGGAGAAGACUCGUUGGACUCCAGUCGCGAUGAUUGCUAUCUUGAAAUCGGGCGCUUCUUUUG